AUGGACCUGGUUCCUCUGGUUCUGGUUCCUGUGAUUUCUGUGGUGCUGGUUCCUGUGGUUCCUCUGGUUCUGGUUCCUGUGACUUCUGUGGUUCUGGUUCCUGUGGUUCCUCUGCUGCCUCUGGUUCCUCUGGUUCUGGUUCCUGUGAUUUCUGUGGUGCUGGUUCCUGUGGUUCCUCUGGUUCUGGUUCCUGUGAUUUCUGUGGUGCUGGUUCCUGUGGUUCCUCUGGUUCUGGUUUCUGUGAUUUCUGUGGUUCUGGUUCCUGUGGUUCCUCUGGGUCUGGUUCCUCUGGUUCUGGUUCCUGUGAUUUCUGUGGUGCUGGUUCCUGUGGUUCCUCUGGUUCUGGUUCCUGUGAUUUCUGUGGUGCUGGUUCCUGUGGUUCCUCUGGUUCUGGUUCCUGUGAUUUCUGUAGUGCUGGUUCCUGUGGUUCCUCUGGGUCUGGUUCCUCAGGUUCUGGUUCCUGUGAUUUCUGUGGUUCUGGUUCCUGUGGUUCCUCUGGGUCUGGUUCCUCUGGUUCUGGUUCCUGUGAUUUUUGUGGUUCUGGUUCCUGUGGUUCCUCUGGGUCUGGUUCCUCUGGUUGUGGUUCUCUGUGUUGCGGUGACGCUACGGCUCUUCGGGUUGCCGUCCUUGUUGCUGUUCGCUGUGACGUCACUGCGGUAG